AUGGGGCUGAUUCUGGGGCGUCUAGCAGCACUCCUGCCAGCCCUUCCAGUCUGGGACACGUGUGGCCUGGCAGGUGACAGGGAUGCUGGUGGCCUGGCAGAAGCACAGGACUGCUUUAAUAAAUUGCUAGCGCAGAGACCUCUCUGCUUCGAGGCGUCCGGGAGUCAGGGGCACGAUGAUCGGCUGUGUGGGACCGGAGAUGCCCGCAGUCCCGCUCAGCUUUUCUCGCAGAGGCCGGGCACAGCCUGCCGAGAGGAAGAGGCCCGCGGAAAGCAAACGCUGAUCUGGCCGCAGCCUCCCUCCCUCCCUGCCUCGGCGCCCGGCCCCGUCCGAGUGACAGGUACAGAGCGGGACCGGCCGAGCCGCAGGGCCCGGCCAGCGAGGUGCGGGGCCAUGCUGCGGGCCUCAGGAGGCGGCGAGGGCCGGGGGCGGCAGGGUGUGUGUGUUGUGGGAGCUGCCUCCCAGCCCCCGGACGCGGCGCAGGAGGCCCCGCACGGUACCCGGGGCCGCCCCCUGCGCGCCCCGUCGGGGCGGGCGGGCGGCGGUGGCGGGGAGAUGGCGGGGCGGCGGCGGGCGCUGCCGCGGCUGCUGCUGCGCUGCCUCCUGCUGGGGCUGCUGGGCGGCGGCGGCGGGGGCCAGCCCGGCGGCGGCGAGUACUGCCACGGCUGGGUGGACGGGCAGGGGGGCUACCACGAGGGCUUCCAGUGCCCCGAGGGCUUCGACACGGCGGCCGCCACCAUCUGCUGCGGCUCCUGCGCCUUGCGCUACUGCUGCGCCGCCGCCGAGGCUCGCCUGGAGCAGGGCGGCUGCACCAACGACCGGGAGCCCUCGGAGCCGGGAGUCACCGCCCAACCAAUCUACGUUCCAUUCCUCAUUGUUGGAUCAAUAUUUAUUGCCUUCAUUAUCGUGGGCUCGCUGGUAGCAGUUUAUUGCUGCACAUGUUUAAGACCUAAACAACCGUCCCAGCCAAUCCGAUUUUCUCUGCGGAGCUAUCAGACCGAGACUCUUCCCAUGAUCUUGGCCUCCACAAGCUUCAGGACCCCAUCCAGGCAGUCCAGUACCGCCACAAGUUCCAGUUCCACCAGCAGCUCGGUUCGCAGGUUCUCCUUCCCCCGGGCAGAGCCAGGCUGCCUUGUGGCGUCCUCACCUCCACCGUACACAUCUGGCUGCUUCCAGACAGCCCACACAGUGCACCUGAGCCAGCCAUCAGGAUUUCUGGUGUCUCCGCCAUACUUUGGGUAUCCUCUCCAGCCAGAGCCCGCCCUGGUUGGGAAGAGCUGCUCUGAUUUUACUCAGAGCUGAAAGGACUUGUGAAGAAGUCAUGCAACCUUUGCAACCACAGGGACUGCUGCUGUUGGGUGUCACUCUGAUGU